AUGACUUUAACCUCCAUCUUGCUUCCUCGCUGGAUUACUUACUCCGUUACCUCCCACUCGAAUUCCGUCACCAUCUUCGAGGAUCGACUCGGCCUCCACCAACGCUGUCAGACUCCCGUCUGCUUCAACUGCAGCAGCAGUGCCAGCAGCAGCAGCAUCAGCAGCACCGUUCGCAGCCACGACAACCACCACGGAAACCACGACGAACACGAGAAGAAGAAGAGGGAAAAGCUAAAAUGCAUCCCCUUCCCCUCCCCCCGGUUCUGCUCCGGUUUCAAUUCCGGAGGUCCUAGUCUCGGCCCUCCUCCCUCUCCUGGUCCCCCUCCUAGUCCUGGUCCUGGUCCUGACCCGAGAAAUCCCAAUAUCAAUCCCAGCCUCGGCCCUAACCCCAACCAUCAAGAACAGCGCAGAUUCUUCUGCAACACAUGGAAAUCCACAGCCUUUCUGAUGAGUCUUUCUCUGGUUUUGGAGGCGGCUACGUUGGUUGGGUUUGUGGUUGUGUUAUUGAUAUUGGGUGGUGGUGGUGGUGGUGGUAGGGGGCAAAGUGGGGGAGAGAGAGGGAGCGGGAUAGACAGAGGCAGGGUCUCGAGCAGGAAUAAUUUGAGGGACUCGAGGAGGAGAGACCCAAACCCAAGGAAAGAAGAUAAACAAGGGUGGAAGGUGUUGGCUUGGAUGAUUGGGGCGAUUCCGGGGUACCGACUGGGUGCGUCUUGGUAUCUUUGCAUGUUUGGGGCACUGAUUUCCAUGGUGUGCGUGGCUGGGUUGAUAGUUUCGGCUUUUGUGUUGCCGUUUGAGGAUGUGUAUGGUAGGGCUUUGGGUGGUGAGAGUGGCGGUGGUGGUGGUGGCCAGAGACAGAGGGAACGACGGCCUUUGCUUGGAUGA